GGAGUUAGCGCAGGUGCCCGGGUCUCUGGGCGCCUGGAGACACCUGGGCGGGGAGAGUGGUGCCUCCACCCCGCGCGGGGCGGGGACGCAGCGGCGGGCUUUCGAGCCGCCCCAGGGGCGGCCCCAGGGCUGUGGCCGGGUCGGCGAGUCUCUCCCACACACACCUGCCCCGCCCCGCCCCGCCCCUGGCUCCUGUGGCCCCAGCCGCCCGGCGCUCGUCUUUGUCGCCCGCGCCCCUGCCUGUAUUCACUCUCUGAUCCGCGGGCGCGGGUGUAGACGGGGGUUCUGCGAGCACGGUGGGCAGAGCGCAGGUGUUAGCGGGGCACGUGGUGUGCGCAUCCUAGCCCCGCGCGUCGCGGAGGGAUGAAGAGCUGCUGAGCAGGCGAAGACGCAGCGAGUGCGGCGUCGGGAUCCGGGGAGCACAGGGCCCCGGGGGACGAGUCCCUGAAUUCCUCGCCCCUCCUGAUAUUUCUGGGAGUUGACGUCCACGGACAAACCUUCAUAGCUGCCCAGAGCUUUUUCCCCUCCCUCCUAACCUCCCGGAGUGUUUCUGUGCCUUGUGACAGGUGAUGCUGUCAGACGGGAGUUCCGGACCACACCAGCGGGCCCCUGAUGCCGAGCUCCUGCAGGAAGGAGCCCUGCGGGCUCCUCAGCAUCCUGCCUUUGCCAACGACGGAAGCCACGGAGACCGGCCAGGAGCAAAUACCACACCGGACGCGGUGACGUUUGAGGAUGUGGCCGUGUGCUUCAGCAGCGGAGAGUGGCAGUGUCUGACCCGCGCCCAGAGGCACCUGUACACUGACGUGAUGCUGGAGAACUAUGGCAACAUGCUGUCAGCUGGCCUUGCCUGCCCUAAGCCACCCCUCAUCUCCCAUCUGGAGCAAGGGGCCGUGCCCUGCGCUGAGGACCUGCAGGACUGGGGGUUCCUGACCUGCUUCUUCCCAGUAUCGGCGGACCACACGCGGCCUGAGAACGGGGACCGCCGCGGGCCGGAGGCGAAGCGUGUCCUGGAGCGCGGAGGGGUCUGGGUCCCGGAGCCUGGGUCCCCGAGGAGGUCGCCAGGAGCGGACGGGGGGACUGGCCGGCCCGCAGCGCGCAGCGCCCGCCCAGCCCAGGGGCCCCGGCCGUGCGCCCAGUGCGGGAAGAGCUUCCGCGGCCGCUCGGACCUCGUCCUGCACCAGCGCGUGCACUCCGGGGAGAGGCCGCACGCGUGCGCCCAGUGCGGGAAGGCCUUCAGGACCGGCGGACAGCUGGCGGCGCACCUGCUCACGCACACCGGCCAGAAGCCUUUCGGCUGCGCGCAGUGCGGGAAGGCCUUCGGCAGCAGGGCGGCCGCGUGCCGGCACAGGAGGGAGCACGGCGGGGACAGGCCGCAUGCGUGCGCGCAGUGCGGGAAGGCCUUCGGCAGCAGGGGCCGCCUGCGCCGGCACGGGCUGGUCCACAGCGCGGAGCGGCCGCACCGGUGCGGCGUGUGCGGGAAGGCCUUCGGCCUCAAGCACUGCCUGACCGCGCACGGCCGGACCCACACCGGGGAGAGGCCGUUCGGCUGCGCGCAGUGCGGCCGCGCCUUCCGCGGGAGCUCCGACCUGGCCAAGCACGCGCGCGUGCACUCAGCUGAGCGCCCGUAUACAUGCGGCCAGUGCGGCCGGGCCUUCCGCCGCCGCUCGGACCUCCGCAAGCACGCGGGGGUGCACGCGCGCGCGGUGCCGGCCGGGUCCCGGGGGGCCCCCGCCCUGGAGAAGCCCUUCCGGUGCGGCGAGUGCGGCAGGGCCUUCCGGCACGAGUGCCGGCGCCGCGCCCACGAGCGGGGACACCGCGGGGACAGGCCGUACCCGUGCGGGCUGUGCGGAAAGGCCUUCCAGGACCGGCACUGCCUCACCGUGCACCAGCGGGUCCACACCGGGGAGAAGCCGUUCGCCUGCCCCCAGUGCGGGAAGGCCUUCAGCGGCAAGUCCAACCUGACGGCCCACCAGCGGGUCCACACCGGGGAGAAGCCGUUCGCCUGCGACGUGUGCGGGAAGGCCUUCCCCCAGAGCUCCGUGCUCACCCAGCACAGGCGGAUCCACACGGGCGAGAGGCCCUACCCGUGCAGCCAGUGCGGCCUAGCUUUCCGCCAGCGCGCGGCCCUGCUCGGGCACCAGCGCGUCCACACCGGCGAGAGGCCCUACGAGUGCGAGCAGUGUGGGAAAGCGUUCCGGGUGAGCGCCAAUCUGACCGGACACAAGAAAAGAAUCCACCCGGCGCGCAGAGCCCACGAGCUGGACGGCACUUUGGGGGCAGCCCUCGCCCCAGGAUCGGCCCCGCAGACCCUGUCGGUGGUCGGGGACUGACCACCGGCACCCGGGGUUCCGCACACUGGUGCCUCCCGGUUCUCGGGCCCCUCCCUGACUGGGAUCCCCAGAGCCCGUCCAGACCCGGCUGCUCAGGGACUCACUUCCAGGGCGCUGCCCAGUAGCCCAAGGCUUUGCCGCGCGUCAACUCACUUAACCACAGAACUGCCCUGUGGGAUGAGGAAGCGAAGGCAUGAAAAGAGGACACUCGCUCAGGAUCACUUCACCGGGCGGUUCUGCACCAACGCCCCCCCACCCCCACCCCUCCACGCUCCGACUCGCCCGCACCACGUCUUAGAUGCGAGGCGACAACUCAGCUCAGCACCCACCGUGUCCUACCUGAUGAAACACUGACCAUUUUUUAGCAAGGCUUUUCUGUGUUGUUUUAACUUAAGGGCUGAAUGGUACUUCCCGUGCGGGGUCAGGAUGGGAAAGGAAGGCAGAUUUAGAAAUCUGACGUAAGCAGGAUGCACUGCUCCAGUAACAGCUUACAUGGGAAAGAGCACAAAGCCCAUCUCACUUUCCUAUAAAUACAUCAAGAUGUCAACGUGUUCAUGUCUUAAAGAUUUGCUAUAUUUAUUUGUGAUGGAUGAAAUGCUCUUUCAAGUGUCUUAGAAAUUUGUGGCUAUUUUUUCACAUUUUUCAAUAUCUCUUUAUACUUUUACUCUUCAAAUGUCACAGGUACUUUCUACAAACAGAAUUGGGACCCACGGUGAAUAAGGCUGUCAGAGACUGAAAAUCCUAGAAGAUGCUCAGGUCAACAUAAUUAGCAUAAUGACCAUAACUGAGAAUUAAAUGUAGUUCUAAGUUCCUCAGCUCCUGGGGCGGGCGGGGGGGGGGGGGGGGGGGGACAAGAUGAGCAAUGGGCUAUCCAACAUUUCUCAAAGGUGUUUUACACGUUAAAGUUUUUCAAGUGUAUUUUUGAGAGAGACAGCGUGAGUGGGGGAGGGGCAGGGAGCGAGAGAGACAUAAUCCCAAGCAGGCUCUGCACUGUCAACACAGAGCCCAAUGUGGGGCUCGAACCCAUGAAACUGUGAGAUCAUGACCUGAGCCAAAACCAAGAGUCCAACACCUAGGUGACUGAGCCACCUAGGCACCCCUAAGUUUUUUAAAAUAAUGACUUUAGGAAAGGCUGGCUAGGGGUGGCUUUUUUAAUUAAAGACUUCUCAGUUUAUGAUAUGCUAAUAUCUUUUCUAAACCUUGAAAGAACAAUAAAAAAAAUUGCUUUCCAAAACUGACCACAGUCCUGUUUGAAGCAUCUUAGUGGGCUCCUGUAUCACAGAAAACGUUUUGGGAAAUGGUUACAGGUUAUCUAAUACUGAAGGACAAAGUGUCCAAGAGAUGCAAUUUUCUAGUAACAAUAUGGUUUAUCUUUAAAAAGGAUGGAUUGAAACAUUGUUCCUUAGGCUCAGUUUCUACAAAAAAAAUUCUUUUUAUUUAUGUGGCCAUUUCUUACAUAGUUUAUUAGUGAAAGCCAAGAUGAAAACAUUAAAGACAUAACUCAAUGACAUUGUCUCUAUGGAGGAGAUGAUUCUGGAUACGUGGCUUCUGGGUGAGAAAACAUGA